CCGCCGACCCUACGGACCUUCUCAUUUCUGCUAACGUCAACAAAACGACGGCAACAAAAUUAUCUUAAACAGAAUCAUUGAAAAUUACCUCUAAAAGUUAUCUUUACAAAUUUUAUCCGUGUUAAUACAUUUUAAUUCAAUGUUACAUUAUUUCUGUUAUCUAUUACUAUCUUUUUACGUAUAUAAACUCAUUUUAAAAUAUAUAGACCUUAAUUAUGUUUAAAAGUUGUUGUGCUCGACCUAAUAAGAAACUCCCUAAAAGUAAGUCGAAACCUGAAAUUAAAAUGGACCCACUAACCGAGCCUAAUAAUGUAGAAACUAAAGAAAACUUACAAAAUAGCAAUGAUAGCAAGGCGAAUGGAAAGGCAGAACUUACACCAUCUACUGCUGAAAAGGAUGUUGUAAACUCCGAAGAAGCUGAAAAUAAGAUACUUGAAGUCGAUAAUGCUGAUUCAGGACAAGUGAAAACGUUAGAUGGUAACGAUUCAGCAAGUGAUGGAGGGGAGCAAGAUACUUUAGAUUUAGAUCGCGUGCUCGUUAAAAGAGAUUUUACUAAGAAAAGAUUUUCGGUGGAUUACAAGAGAAAUCGACUAGAUUUUAAGCGGUUCUCAGUAGAUUGCCGUAGAGAUUCGGCUACUUUGGAGGAGUUGGCGCGCCUUGAACAAGAGUUAGCGCGAACAAACGUUGACGUUAGGCCUGUCUUUCGAAGAAAAUCUUCAGGUAUCCUUAAAUCAACUACAAGUAGCAGCAAUGGUAUAUCUGAACCUCGCUCGGUGCCUAAAGCGGAUUCGUGCUCAGGUGAUGAUGAAGUUUUCGAGGAGACAGUAGUGAAAGGAGAGGGUCCUGCAGAACCGCCAGCUACUCCUGUAGGCCGGGAUGAGUUAGCUUUACGGAGGCAUAGAUUUUUCUCGGAUUUGGUAUGUGCCGCACGCGCAGCUGUUGAACAUCGGGUGCGAUUCGAUCCUCUUGGUCCUGUUGUUGCCGAUUCGGGCAACGAAGUAGAUCCGACAGCAACCAGCCAUAGCCCGGCUGCCGAGCUCGAGUUCCUGAUCGAGCGUUUGGAACGCGUGACUUCGCGGUUAGAACGCUUGCCGGUGCUGCGCGCGCGCACCCCCUCCCCGCCCGCCUCGCCGGCCCCCUCGCCGUCUUCCCCCGCCACUCCUCCCCCGCAAGAGCUGGUGCGGUCAGACAACAUGAGUGUCAAUGGAUACCAGGACAUAGUGCAGGGUCCGCUGCGGACAUACCUCGACCUCUCCCAGCAGAUUGGCGGGGAUGUCGCCUCUCACGCCAAACUAGUCAAUGCUGCCUUCCAGGCACAGCUGCGCUACAUCGAACAAUCGACGCUUCGUAGCAAGCCGUCGCAAUCCGAAGAGGUGCAACUUCUGGCGCCCACCAGCGAACAGAUUUCUGCCAUUCAGCAGUUCCGCGAAAAGAAUCGCGCUUCUCAGUUCUUCAACCAUUUGUCAGCUAUAUCUGAGAGUAUCCCUGCACUGGGAUGGGUAGCAGUGUCUCCCACGCCGGCUCCGUAUGUGAAAGAGAUGAACGAUGCUGGUCAAUUCUACACGAAUCGUGUGUUGAAGGAGUGGAAAGAGAAGGACAAGAGGCAUGCGGAUUGGUGUCGCGCCUGGGUGCAGCUGCUGUCUGACCUGCAGGCAUAUGUGAAGCAGUACCACACUACUGGCCUCGUUUGGUCCGGUAAAGGCGCUGGGGCUCCGCCUCCCCCACCUCCCGGCGGCCUGCCUCCGCCACCCCCGCUGCUGCCUGAAGCAGACUUCUCCAACUUAAGCAUCGACGACCGCAGCGCUCUCUUCGCUGAGAUCAACCAAGGCGAAGGCAUCACUAGCAGCCUGCGCAAGGUGACGUCAGAUAUGCAAACGCACAAGAACCCCCAGCUGCGCCAGGGCCCGGCGCCCUUCAAGGCAGCGCCAGCCUCGCGCGGCGCCACCAAGCCCCUGCCGCAGCCCGGCGCCGGCGCUCUGCCCGACAAGCCGCCGGUCUUCAUGCGAGACGGCAAGAAGUGGCUCAUUGAGUACCAAAAGGGCAACCCCAACCUUGUGGUGGAGAAUGCGGACAUGAACAACGUGGUGUACAUGUUCCGUUGCCGGGAAUCCGCGCUGACCGUGCGCGGGAAGGUCAACGGCGUGGUGCUCGACUCCUGCACCAAGUGCGCCGUGGUCUUCGACAAUCUUGUCUCCAGCGUAGAGUUUGUCAACUGCCAGUCUGUUCAGAUGCAGGUGCUGGGCAAGGUGCCAACUAUAUCGAUUGACAAAACGGAUGGCUGCCAGAUAUACCUGUCUCCGGAGUCGCUCGAUGUCGAGAUCGUCAGCUCCAAGUCUUCGGAGAUGAACGUGCUGGUACCCAAGAGCAAUGGAGAUUACACGGAGCACCCAGUCCCCGAGCAAUUCAAGACGACUUUGAACAAGGGCGCCGGCGGACUGGUCACCUCGCCCAUCGAGAACAAGGGCUAAGCUCGGGAUACGAUCACUGAUGGCCACAUGUUGCGUUCGUUCAUCUUUAUUUACUUUCAUAUACUGUAAUAAUAUACUAUUCAUUUACAGAAAAUAUGAUCACAUCGAGAAUUUAUCAGCGAUUAUUUUAUGCUAUGCUUUUAUUCUUUAUUAAGCAGGUCAAGAUUACUGCUCGUCAUCUAGAGACUUUUGAAUAUAACAACAUUAAUCUUGAGGGAGACCUAUUUUCCGCACAAUGACAUCAAAUAAUUUAUGCGUGACCUCUCUCCGUAUUCGAGGGGAACUUGUACCUGUACAAUAAGUUUUUGUCUCACUUGAAACUUAUAAAAAAAUAGGAUUUUCGGUUUGAUGUGAUAAUUUUACUUUCGAUGUGAUGAUAAACAUAAAUAUAAGCAGUCCCUAUUUUAUCGGCAAAUGUUCCAACGAUAUUGCAAUACCUUAUCCUGUGUAUGAUGAUAAUCACAUUUUAAAUGAACGCGCGUGGUCUAUCUUCUACAAUCGAAGUCGCGUGUACCAGAUAUCUAAUUACUUAUCCGAGGCGAGCGGCUCUCUUUAAUUAAUUAUAAUAUAUUUUGCACGGUCUAGUUGAAUAUUAGUUCACUUUGAACGUCUCGUCUAGAAAACGUUAAAGCACAAAAUAAAUCAUCAGUAUAUCUCAUUGGCGCUCGUUCUUGGGCUAUGUUCAUAAAAGAUAAUUUAUCAUCAUAAACUUUUUAAUUUCUUGCUCAUUUCGAUCGCUGUAGUGUUAUUAAAAGUUAUAAAUCUAAUCUGACGUAGUGUUACUAUAUAACUCGUAUAUUUACUGGCCUUUUAAGUGUAAUUUAAAGAGGUUCCUUACGCUCAUGUGUUUUAAUUUUGACAUUAUUCGUACAAGAAGAUUGCUUGGAGUACCAUCUGGUACGGGAUUAGUUAAGACUUAUAAAUAGAUGUAAGGCGUGUGACUGUCUGAUUUAAUUUUAAGAAGGUUUGCAUUCUCGACUAUCGCUGUUCUGUGACUAAGUGAUUCUAAAACCCCGUUUUCUAUGAAUGCUAUUCAUUUUAUUAAUGCUUACCUGUGUAAUCUGUGAGUAUAACACUCAUCUAUUAACUUUUCAUUUUAUAUGAUUAUUUUUCCAAAUAUUAUCUACUUAUAAUUAAGGACUAUUUUUAUGUUUUAUUGAAAGUAUUAUCUAGAAUGGAUCAGUAUGAUAAUUUAAUUUUUAUUCCGAUAAUUAUAAUGUUUGUAUUGUGAAGUCAUGCAUAAGAAUUGUAAUAAUUUAUACUUGAUAAUAACUUACGAUCCUAAUUUGGAAGAAUAUAAAUAAUAUUGUAUUACCUACAUGUUUGCAUUUCGUUAAUUUAUUUGUCGAAGAAUUAAAUUAAUUUUUAAGAA